UUCAGCGCAGAGGCUGCUGGGAAGAGAAAGGUCAAGAAUCGGUGGCUGGUGGAGACGCUGAUUUACUGCUGUAACAAAGGGUAUUGCUGUGUAGAACUAAUUAAUGAUGCGGGGGAAAUUCCGCUAUUUCAAGAAAUAUAUGUACGCAUUGGUAUGUAUAAAAUAGUAAAUGUUAGAUUAGGAUCUUCUCCGUUUUAUCGCGGUUCAAUGAACUCUCGGGCUAGCUAAUGUUAGCUGGCUAGUAGCCGCAUUGUUAUUGUUUUCGCUCUACUUGGCGGCUAUAUAAACACUGCGCCUCGAGUUUCCCCGGCCAAGGCAGGGGUCUGAACUGCCAGAGGGAUGUUUUUUUGUACGUCCCGGGAAGAUGGAUGAGAGAUCCAGCAAUAGCAGCAGCCACCAUCGGCUCCUAAUACUGCUGCUCAUGGUGCUGCUCUUUGGCGUCAUUAUGAUCCAGUACGUAUGCCCGAGCAGGUCUGAGUGCCAUAUGCUGCGCCAGAUGGGAUCCUGGUUGAAAGUCGGCAGCGCAACUGGUUCCCAGGGAAGUGGAAAUGACAUCCAGGAGGGUCAGAAGGACCCCUACAUCGCCGAAGACGGUGCCCUGGUGCGAUUUAUUCCUCGCUUCAACUUCACGAAAGCCGACUUGAAUCGCGUUGUAGACUUCAACAUCAAAGGAGACGAUGUAAUAGUGUUCUUGCACAUUCAAAAAACGGGCGGCACGACGUUUGGUCGCCACCUGGUGCGGAAUAUUCAGCUGGAGAGGCCCUGCGAGUGUCACGCAGGCCAAAAGAAGUGUACCUGUUAUCGGCCAGGUAAAAAGGAAACCUGGCUGUUCUCCCGGUUUUCCACCGGUUGGAGCUGUGGCCUUCAUGCGGACUGGACUGAGUUAACCCGCUGCGUCCCGUCACGCAUGGACUCAAGAGAGGCUCAGAGGCAGCCCAGUAGGAAUUAUUAUUAUAUAACCAUCUUAAGAGACCCAGUAUCACGCUACCUGAGCGAAUGGCGUCACGUGCAGCGUGGGGCCACAUGGAAAGCCUCCUUACACGUAUGUGAUGGACGUUCACCAACGCUGUCUGAGUUGCCAAGCUGCUACUCUGGAGACGACUGGUCAGGCUGCUCCCUGCGGGAGUUCAUGGACUGCCCCUACAACCUGGCCAACAACCGGCAGAGCCGCAUGCUGGCUGACCUCAGCCUGGUCGGUUGCUACAACGUGUCUGCCAUGAAUGAGGAUGAGCGCUGGGCAGUACUUCUUGAGAGUGCUAAACGUAACCUAAGGGGCAUGGCUUUCUUUGGGCUGACGGAGUACCAGCGUAAGACCCAGUAUCUAUUUGAGCGAACCUUCCACUUGGAGUUCAUUGCACCCUUCACUCAGCUCAAUGGCACACGAGCCUCCAGUGUUGAGGUCCCUUCGGAGACUCAACACAGAAUCCGCCAGCUAAACCGAUGGGAUGUAGAGCUGUACGAAUAUGCCCGUGACCUUUUUCUGCAGCGUUUCCAGGUGGCAAGACAGCAGGAGCGCAGGCAGGCCAGGGAGAGGCGGCAGCAGGAGAGGAGGCGACUACGUGGAAGGCUCGCAACAAAGCAAGCGAAGCAGCUGAAGCCCACAGAACCACUGCACCAGCCCGGAAGCCAGUUUGUAGUAACUGAGCAGCAACCGAGAGAAAAGGCUGAUGGAGACAGCGUAGAGACAGAUGUGCUGCUCCCAGACUGGUGGGAUCUGGACGAAAACAGCACCAUGGAGGACUACAUAGACAAUGUGGAGCAGUGGUAAAGAUGUCUUAACACAGUGUGCCAAGUCCUGCCUUCUCUCUUGUUAACAAAUCCAAGUUCUUUUCAAUGUGUUCCUUCCACUAAAUCUUCUUUUCUUAUGAACACUUUGAAAUGACACUUAUUUAUUGAUGCUGAUUGUAUUUCUUUGUCACAACUGACUUUAAUAAUGAACAGACGCUCCUUAUAUACAUUAAAUCCCCCUUGAUGCUUCAGCAUAAAAUUUAAACCACCAGGCAAAUUUAUUGCUGCAGCUGCUGCAGUACGUGUUUUCCUGGUUUAGCUGACACACUACAACGCUCACACAAGCCUUCUAGUCUAUUCUCUGGGCUUUUGAACACCAUGUAGCUUAAAAUGAACAGAUGUUUUAUUUUUUUCUGUUAAAUUGAGCAGUAUAAUACUUGUUUCCACAAAAGGGUACUGUUUGUGAUUAACAAUCUAUAUGUUUGCCAAAUUGUUGUCCUGUCUGUAAUGCAUACAUUACAAAAUGUAUCAGUUUUAAGUGUCUUUUAAGUAAAAAAAAACGGGGGUUUGAUCCAAAUACAUACCUCAAUGAGUUGCAUUAACUGAUAAUCUUGUAAAAAAUUGUUGAAUGUGUCUCAAGUCUCAGUUUUAUAUAAAAAUGAUUUUACAUAUA